AUGGCGGACGGCGGCGAGAUGGACGAGGAGGCGAUGAUGCGCGCCUUCUUCCCGACCUCAUUCGGCAAGGCGCCCACCCGCCCCAGCGCCGCCUCCCACUCCUCCACCCUCCGCAAGCCCCAAAACCCUAGCUCCAACCCCUCCACCUCUGCCGCCGCCGAGGAGGACGAUGGCGGUGGUGCCAUUGUCGGACCCCCUAGGCCGCCCAAGGAAUUGGCUCCUAUCCAGGAGGAUGACGAGGAGGGUGGCGGUCUGAUUGGGCCGCCUCGGCCGCCACAGCGGCCGUCUGCGCACGCGGCGGUGGAGGACGAGGACGGCAGCAUGGUUGGGCCGCCUCGGCCGCCACCGUCGAAGGAGGGGGAUGAGGAUGACGAGGACGAGGGCGACGACGACGACGAGGAUGACGACGACGAUGAUAUGGAUGAUGAUGAUGGGGAGGAUUUCGGCAGGAUUCCUCUCAGCAACGAAAUUGUUCUGCGGGGGCACACCAAGGUUGUCUCAGCCCUUGCUGUUGACCCUACAGGAUCCCGAGUGCUCUCUGGCAGCUAUGAUUAUACCAUACGGAUGUAUGACUUCCAAGGCAUGAAUUCGAAGCUACAGUCAUUUAGGCAAUUAGAACCUUGUGAGGGGCAUCAAGUUCGUAGCCUAAGCUGGAGUCCAACAUCGGACCGAUUCUUAUGUGUCACGGGUUCAGCUCAGGCCAAGAUAUAUGACCGAGACGGGCUUUCGCUUGGUGAGUUUGUUAAGGGUGAUAUGUAUAUCCGUGAUCUGAAGAAUACAAAGGGUCAUAUUUCUGGACUAACUGGUGGUGAAUGGAAUCCCAAGUCAAAAGAAACUAUAUUGACCUCAUCGGAAGAUGGAUCAUUACGUCUCUGGGAUGUUUCAGACUUUAGCAGUCAAAAGCAGGUCAUCAAACCAAAGUUAAAAAGACCAAUGCGAAUUCCUGUUACUUCAUGUGCAUGGGAUCAUGAAGGCAAGCGGAUUGUUGCUGGCGUGGGGGAUGGUUCCAUUCAGCUCUGGACCAUAAAGACUGGAUGGGGAAGCAGACCAGAUAUUCAUGUUGAAAAAGCACAUACAGAAGAUAUCACUGGGGUUAAGUUUUCUACUGAUGGGCAGAUUCUUCUGUCAAGAAGUAUGGAUAGUACUCUAAAGAUAUGGGAUUUGAGGAAAAUGAAGACUCCUUUGAAAGUGUUCGACGAUCUGCCUAAUAACUAUGCAGAGACAAAUGCUUCAUUUAGUUCAGACGAGCAACUUAUUUUUACAGGAACCUCUGUUGAGAAAGAUGGCAGAAAUGGAGGUCUACUUUGCUUCUUUGAUAGAAGGAAACUAGAGCUUGUAUCAAGGGUGGGAAUUUCACCACAUUACAGCGUGAUAAGGUCACUCUGGCACCCAAGGAUUAAUCAGGUGUUCGCAACAGUUGGGGACAAGAAGGAAGGUGGGACUCAUAUCUUGUAUGAUCCUUCUGUUAGUCAGAGGGGAGCUCUUGUAUGUGUUGGACGAGCACCAAGGAAAAAAUCUGUUGAUGAUUAUGAGGUGCAACCUUUAAUACACAACCCACAUGCACUGCCUCUAUUCAGAGAUCAACCAAGCCGUAAACGCCAAAGAGAGAAGAUGAUGAAAGACCCCCUCAAAUCGCACAAACCAGAAGCUCCUGUUAGUGGUCCAGGGUUUGGUGGUAAAAUUGGCACAACAAAAGGCAGCUUGCUGACACAGUAUCUCAUGAAGGAAGGUGGUUUAAUUAAGGAGACCUGGAUGGAUGAAGAUCCAAGAGAGGCAAUUUUGAAAUAUGCUGAUGCUGCAAAGAAUGACCCAAAGUUUAUUGCACCAGCAUAUGCUCAAACUCAGCCGGAAACCGUCUUCGCAGAGUCUGAUUCCGACGGCGAAGAGAAAAACGACUAUUAA